AUGAAGGACGAGGAAGAAAUCAGCAAAAAGCGUAAGCACAAAGAAGAAAAGAAGAAGAAAAAGAAAGACAAGAAAUCUCGCAAGAAACAAAAACGGGAGGAGGAGGAUGUCAUUGAUGAUAAUGUCAGUGAUCAGCGCUCAUCCAAACAAGAGGAUGAUGCCGCAGGAGUGCUUGUCUCAUCCCCAUCCAGUCAGGAAGCUCCAUCGCAACGACCAUUGCAUUCUGCUGACGCUGACGCGGAAGAGAAGGAUACUAGAAACGAUGACGAAUCAUCCAGUAACAACAAGGAUCGUAAAAAGGACAAGAAGGAAAAGAAAGAUAAGAGGAAAAAGAAAGAAAAGAAGGAGAAAAAGAAGGAAAAGAGGAAAUCAUCAUCCUCCGAAGCGAUGAGUUUGGAUGAAAAUAAAUCAUCCAAUAGUAUUGAUCACAAGCACUCGAAACUGAAGCAGCAAAAGGAAGACGAACACAAGUUGCUAAAUGCAUCGAACAUGCCAAGUCAGAUUGUGGAAUCAUCUGCCAUUGAAUUCUACGAUGAGCAAAUCAAACAAAAGAAGAAGAGUGAAAUUGACGAAAUUCAGCAACAAGAAGUCCGAGCCCAAGACAAGUUUGCCCUUACUCUACUACUGUUCUAUCAGUAUAUUGAACCAAUCUGGGAUGAAAAGACUUAUAACUUUAUGCUGACCCGACUCCAAAAGGUGGGACGGGACCUCCAAUUGACGGGACGGAUGCGGGUGGCCCGAGAAGGCUUGAAUUGUACCCUUACGGGAUCCCACGAAUCCAUUGUGGAAUACUGCCGGACCCUCAAACGACUUCGGCCGACCGAAUUUUCCGAGACAGAAUUCAAAUUGACCUCCGACUUGCCACAGGCCCAAAAAUUUCCCAAUCUCAAAGUCUUCAAGGUCGUGGAGUUGGUCCAUUAUGGUUUGGAAGGCUCCAAGGCUCCACCGAUUGCCAAGUUUUCGGGAACUCAUCUGGAACCAAAUGACUAUCACAAGAAAUUAGGAGAAUCCAAUACUGUCAUUAUUGACGUGCGGAAUCAUUAUGAAGCAGCAAUUGGACGAUUUGUCCCACCCAAGGAAGGAGAAGGUGUCAAACAAGGCGAAGCACCACCCAAAUGGCUGGAUCCCAAAAUGAGAAAGUCGACCGAAUUUCCAGCCUGGCUGGAUCGUCCAGAAGUAAAGGAAGAAAUGAAGGGGAAGCAAGUUCUCAUGUAUUGCACUGGCGGUAUUCGAUGUGAACGAGCAUCCGCCCUGCUCAAGUUCAAAAUGGAAACCGAUCCAGAAAUCAAAGACCUUGGCAUUCAAGGUGUCUUUCAAUUGCAGGGUGGCAUUGAUAAAUAUUUCAAGGCGUUCCCAGAUGGUGGAUAUUGGAAAGGCAAGAACUAUGUCUUUGACAAAAGAUUUUCGCAUGCUCCGCCCAAGAUUGAUGGAGAAUUGCAUGGAAAGGUAGCAGUAGGAGAUGAAUCAUCCUCGAGCCAUCAGGCAAAUUUGGAAAUUAUGGGUCAAUGCGAAGCCUGCCAAAAGCCAUGGGAUAUGUAUCGAGGAAAAAGACGAUGUCCGACGUGUGGUGUCCCAUCUUUGAUUUGCAAAGACUGUUUUUUGGCGGACAAGGAAGGACGCAAGAAAUUGGGUAAGGAAGUACGGUGUGAUCUGUGUGUCGAGCAAGGAAUCACUUCGAAAUAUGAUCUACGACAAAAGGAUGAACAAGAUAUCUAUGAAUAUGAAAAGAAAAUGGCCAAAAGGGGUCUAUUGCGACCUGAAGCGUUAGCACCCAACCCAGACAAGGUGACUCGACUUCAUUUGAAAAACAUGUGUCGCAAGAACAUGGACGAAGACACGCUGUGUGAAGCCUUGCCCGGUAUUACUCAUAUUGUUUGGAGAAUCGAUCGAAAAUCCGAUCAGUUUCUAGGUCAAGGUUGGGUCGAAAUGGCUACUCCUGAUGAUGCUGCCCGAGCUGUCUUGAGAGAUGGCAAACUAAAACUCUUUGGUCGUCCAAUGUACAUUAGCUUUCAACCCCCAAAUGGGAAGGACGUUUGGCCACCUUCCAGUGCAAAAAUUGGAAAGAAGUGA